AUGGCCACACUGAAUCUCAGCCGUUCAUUUCCCUCAGUCGCCGGUUGGAAUUCUCCGUGCCAGAAAUUCACACAACCCACCAAACCAACAAUCUCAUGCUCCAACUCUCAUCUCCCAGGCAAGUUUAAGAGACCGUACACGAGCGUGAUGAUAGUCCCAACCGGUGUCGGAGCCUCCAUUGGUGGCUUCGCCGGAGAUGCUCUGCCGGUGGCUCGGACGCUCGCCUCCGUCGUUGACUGCCUCAUCACUCAUCCCAACGUUCUUAAUGCAGCAAUGCUUUAUUGGCCGAUGCCAAAUGUAUUAUAUGUUGAGGGCUAUGCUCUUGAUCGAUUUGCAGAAGGCCUAUGGGCACUACAACCAGUUCACCAGAAUAGGGUGGGACUGGUUCUUGACGCUGGAAUAGAGGAAGAGCUUUGCAUUCGCCAUCUACAAGCAGUUGAUGCUACAAGAGCUUCCCUUGGUUUUCCUGUUGUCGAGUAUAUUGUCACUGACACCCCUUUACUGGUGGAGAAAUGGGUUGAUCUGAAGAGUGGACAAUCAACUGGGAGGAUAAAACAUCCUGAUUCCCUAUUGCGAGCUGUAGAGAAAUUAAUUGAGCAAUCAAUGGUGAAUGCCGUUGCAGUUGUAGCACGCUUCCCAGAUGAUGAUACUGAAGAUAUAGAUGAAUAUCGACAAGGGAUGGGGAUAGAUAUUUUGGCAGGAGUGGAGGCAGUUAUAAGCCAUCUAGUGGUGCAGAAUUUUGGGAUUCCCUGUGCACAUGCCCCUGCACUAUCAUCCCUUACUCUAAGCAUGUCAGUAUCUCCAAAAUCAUCCGCUGAAGAGAUAGGAUACACAUUCUUGCCAUGUGUGCUUGCUGGCCUUAGCAAUGCACCUCAGUACAUGGUCAGGAACUUUGAAUCACUAGAAAAGGGUUGCAUAUUAGCAAGUGAUGUUGACAGCGUCAUUCUUCCAAUAGAUGCUUGUGGUGGAGAUGGUGCUCUUGCAUUCGCAAAUGCUAGAAGAAACAAGCCCCUUAUAAUUGCUGUGGAAGAGAAUGAGACAGUACUCAAUGAUACACCAGAUAAACUUGGGAUUGAAGCGGUCAAGGUCUCAAACUAUUGGGAAGCAAUUGGUGUCAUUGCAGCUCAUAAGGCAGGAAUUGACCCUGAUUCUCUCCGAAGAAACAGAAUUAAGAACAUUCGACACACAUCCUCCUUCCCUUCUUUAAAUGGUAAUUCUGUUUCGAGCGCCAGAUUAUUUUCUUAA